AUGACACAGGAUAUUCUGACGCAUGUCACGCCAGGAGAUGUGUUUGAUCCUGCUGUCGUAGAGUUCAUACUAGAUUUAGCUGAUGACUUUGUGGACAGCGUGACGAGCUUUUCGUGCAAGUUGGCUCUUCUCAGGAAUUCGAAGGUUUUACUUGUCAAGGACGUCAUUGCUCACCUGGAGCAGACGUGGAAAAUCGAUUUCUUUGGUGUAGGAUCUGGACAGGGCAUGGUCUGUGGACAUCUGCAAUAA